CCAGCUCUUCCGUGGGGCUUGUGGAUCCGGGGUGCUCUGUCCCCUGCCCGUUUGGCUGAUGCUCGCAUUCUUCCUGUUCCUUCCAGUUUUCCACUUGUCAAGGAAGGUGACGUCCAUCGUCCCGGAGAGCUGCCUCCUCAUCCUGCUGGGGCUGGGCCUGGGGGGCAUCGUCUUGGCCGUGGCGAAGAAAGCCGAAUACCAGCUGGAGCCCAACAUGUUCUUCCUCUUCCUCCUGCCCCCCAUCGUCCUAGACUCGGGCUACUUCAUGCCCAGCCGGCUGUUCUUCGACAACAUCGGUGCCAUCCUCACCUACGCGGUGGUGGGCACGCUCUGGAACUCCUUCACCACCGGUGCUGCGCUCUGGGGGCUGCACCAGGCCGGGCUCAUGGGCGUCGAAGCUGGGCUGAUGGAUUUCCUGCUCUUCGGCAGCCUCAUCUCAGCUGUGGACCCCGUGGCAGUGCUGGCUGUCUUUGAAGAGGUCCAUGUGAAUGAGACCCUCUUCAUCAUCGUGUUUGGCGAGUCCCUCCUGAACGAUGCUGUCACCGUGGUGCUGUACAAGGUCUUCAACUCUUUUGUGGAGCUGGGCCCCGCACACAUCCACGCCACGGACUACGCGAAGGGGGUAGUGCUCUUUGCCUUCCUCCUGGCCCUGAUCACGCGGUUCACCAAGCGCGUGCGCAUCAUCGAGCCGCUCUUCGUCUUCCUCCUGGCCUACGUCGCGUACCUUGCUGCCGAGAUGGUCUCUCUCUCCUCCAUCCUGGCAGUCACCUUCUGUGGUAUCUGCUGCAAGAAGUACGUGGAAGCCAACAUCUCCCAAAAAUCCCGCACCACGGUCAAGUACACCAUGAAGACGCUGGCCAGCAGCUCAGAGACCAUCAUCUUCAUGUUUCUGGGCAUCUCGGCUGUGGACACCUCCAAGUGGGCAUGGGACACGGCGCUGGUGCUGGGCACCCUGUUCUUUAUCCUGCUCUUCAGAGCUGUGGGCGUUGUCCUCCAGACCUGCGUGCUCAACCGCUUCCGCCUCAUCCCCUUGGACAGGAUCGACCAGGUGGUCAUGUCAUAUGGUGGCCUCCGCGGGGCUGUGGCCUUCGCCCUGGUCAUCCUGCUGGACAGGGCAAAGGUGAAAGCCAAGGACUACUUCGUGGCAACGACCAUCGUGGUGGUGUUCUUCACCGUCAUUGUGCAG